AUGCCUGCUAGCCGACGAACCAGCAGUACGGACGGGCCUCCGCAGCCGAGACAGCUGCCCGGGUCCGCGUGUGAGGAGUGCCGGAAGCGCAAGUUGCGAUGCGACCGGCAACGUCCCCAAUGCGGAACUUGCGCCGAUGCAGGAAUCGUAUGCGAAGUCAACCACAACCGUCUCGCCCGCGGACCCAAGAAAGGCGAUCUCAAGGCCCUGCGGAGCCGCAUCGUCGCUCUUGAACGUCGUCUCAGUCUCGACCCAACCAACCUUGAUGCCCUAUCACUGCAUGGCGACGCCGACCUUUCACAACAACAUCCUCUUCCAGUCGGGAGUACACCACCACCGGGACCUGCCUCCGAUGGAGACCUCAGCCAACUCCCAUCACCACGAGGGACGAGGGGAUCGAUAUGGGAUGGGUCCGACUACCAUGCCCAUGGUGGACAGCUCUCGCCCAUGACACCACAUAUUCCCUUGUCGAUGCAGAACUUCAAGUUCCCUCCAUCACCACCAACACCACCAAAGCGCGCCUUGAUCCACGAUCUUAUGCGUGCAGACCUCGACCAACUCUACUUCGACCGCGUCCACCCUAACGUCCCCAUCUUCAACCAAUCCCGCUACUUCGCCCUCUCCCAACAAACACCACUCACCAGCCACCACCCCAGCCCCCGCCUAUGUCUCCAGUACGCCAUGUGGACGCUCGCCAUGGCCUUGUCUUCCCAGUUUGAGUCCUACCGCGACACCCUCUACACCGAAACCAAGCAGAUGCUCGAGUCACUCGACAUGUGCGAGAACAACAACCACCACAGCCACGGAAGCCCCGUCUGCAUCGAGGAGGUCCAAGCCUGGCUCUUGCUUGCCUUUUACGAGUUCUCCCGGACCAACUACAAGCGCGGGUGGGUGACAGCCGGCAGGGCGUUCCGGCUGGUGCAGCUGGCGAGACUGCAUGAGAUCGAUAGCCCUGAGAGAUCGAUGUUGCAGCAGGGCGAGGACCCGGUGGUGGUGGAAGAAAGGAGGAGGACGUUUUGGGUGGCGUAUUGUCUGGAUCGGUUUAUCAGUUUGAAGAAUCAGUGGCCUUUGACGUUGAUGGAGGAGGUGAUCUGCACCCGCCUCCCCUCCCCCGAACUCGCCUUCCAAAGCAGCCAACCCAUCCAAAUGUGUUUCCUCCCCGAAGCCAUCGCUUCCAGCGACCACCUCCAAGGCCUCUUCUCCCCGCUCGCCGAGAGCGUCGUGCUCGCCACCAUCUGCGGCCGCACCCUCUCCCACACCCAAGUCGCCAACGUCGAGCGCACCUACAACGGCUUGGGCAGCACGACCAUGUCUCCCGACUUUUGGAUCCGACACGAGUGGUUGGCGGGCAUGAUCAACAAGCGACUGGACUCCCUUAUGCAGAGCUACCCCGUGGUAUCAGCGGCCGCGGAUCCGAUGCUCUUCUUUGCUUUUAUGCUUGCUCAUACCACGACGAUCAACCUUUGCAAGGUCGUCGAAGCCGGCCACUGCCACCAGGGGACAAAUGGACAAUGGGACCCAGCGGCAUUCGAGUACCAGAAGCGAGCACUUCGGGCCGCGAGGGAGAUUGCUGCUUUGACCAAGGCUCAUGAGCAUCUUGGUUACUUCAAGGCACACAUCUUUCUUCCCCUGUCCAUCUCCCUCGCCGCUAGCCGGUUGAUAUCUCAACGCACCCAAACGCUGAAUGAGCUCACUGCCCAAGUACUGCCUGAGGGAUUUAUUCCGGCUACUACUACGGAAACCGAAUACGAUGCUGAGAUCCAGUGCUGCUUGGACGCGCUUAGGAAGAUGCAGACUUUUAAUAAUUUGGCUAGGGAGCAUCUGCAUACGUUGGAGAUUGUGCAGCGGCAGCAGCAGCAUCAGCAGUACGGUCAGCAUCAUGCUCAGCCCGGUCAGCAGCAUCAUGUUCAACAACAACGUGCUCAACAUCAACACCAACAACAACAGUCACAGACUCUGCUUAUGGACCAUGUACCAAGUCAGAGUCAUUCACACAGUCACUCUCAUUCUCUUAGUGUUUCACAUCAGCAUCAGCAUCAGCAUAUACCCCAGAUUCAACUUUGUGCUUAUUAG